CACCCUCAUUACUGCCGUACAGUCCUCCGCCGCCAUUCACGAGCAGCUCGGCUGCCAGUAAUCUACACAACCGAUAUGGCGCUCCCCCUUCUUACAUCCUUGCUGAAUUCUCUGCAUUCCCACUUGCAAGCUCAAACCCAACUAUUACCAACACUUCAUGCUCAGCUUGGUCUCCCUCCAACGGCACUAGAAGAAGAGCUUCUCGCAAUACAAGAGAACUUGAUGAAAAGCGUUGAAAAUCAGAUUGAAUCGCGUCGGAAAGAAGUCGAGAUGUGGACUGAGAAGUGUGAGGUGGUGGAAGAGAAUUGUUCUUGCUAUACAAAGGCACUGGGUGGAAAUAUCAAGUCCACGGGUAGUAGUAUCGGAGAGCUAAGGAAAGAGAAGGCUCUUCCGAGACGGUAUGAGAUGCUUUCUGAAGCAUCAAGAGAAACUACGGCAGGUCUGUAUCAUGCCAAACUCGAACAAUUGACAACACUUACGAAUCGUAUUAAUGUUCUGGCUCUCACGCUGGGCCACGAUUUCUUUGCCUACGACAUCAUAGAAGCCACUGGGUUUUCUGGGUCAGACGACGCAGAUCCUAUGGCAAAUCGCGACGUUACGCCAGAAAGGUUCUCCAGGCUCGAGAAAGAACUCGUUCGUGGAAAAUCAGAAGUUUCAAAGCGCCUGUCUCAACUAUCCGCUACAUUCGUCCAGAUUGACUGGCUGUACACUGAACUUGGGAUGCCACCAUUAGCGGUCGAGGAGCCACCGUCGGCAUUCUCGACACCUCCUAUGCCGUCUCUCUCCCUCUCACGCGCCGCUGCUUCGUUAGGAAGUAGUUGCAUGGAUCCAUUCGCUAUGUCGACGCCAACGCCAGCUUCGCGAAAUCAGUCUCUUAUAUACCACCGUGAGGAGAUGUCAGAUGCAGAUUAUCGCCGUAUCUUUGCUCAUUUCGUGGCCAAGGUUGAAGAGGCUGAAGAUGAAGGACUAUCUGAAUGUCAGGGAGUGCCAAUAGGGCUGGAAAAAGUUGAUCCAACCCCUGGUCUACUCAAGUGGGCAGAGAACCUUCGAACAUCCUUAGAAGAAACUAAACGCCGACGAGAGGCUCACAUUCAAGCCAUGUUUGAUGAGCUUGAAGGUCUUUGGAAUCGACUGGGUGUCUCCGAUGCGGAUAUGGACGCCUUUGUAGAAGCACACCGUGGAAGUACGGAGGAUACCGUUAGGGAAUACGAAGAAGAGCUGGAGAGGAUGUUGGAGAUAAAGAGAGAACAAAUGGGCUCUUUUGUAGCAAGCGCAAGACAAGAAAUCACGAAACUUUGGGAUGAUCUGCUGGUUGGGGAAGAAGAGAGAGCUGAUUUUGCUCCAUUUGCUGACGAUGAAUGCACCGAAGAACUUCUGACGAUACAUGAAGAAGAAAUCAAACGACUAAAAGAAGAGAAACGAAUGAAGGCGCCUCUUUUGGCCAGUAUCAAGAAGUAUUUCGAGAUCUGUGAGGAGGAAAAGGAGCUAGCGGCGGCCGCGUCUGAUCAGUCACGUCUAUUUGGACGAGGUGCGCGCGAUCCAGGCAGACUCCUCCGAGAAGAGAAGAUGAGAAAGAGAGUAUCCAAGGAGAAACCGCGACUCGAACGAGACCUUAUCGCCUCUAUACCUACAUGGGAACAGGAAGCUGGCCGUCCGUUCCUAGUCUACGGCGAACCGAUCUUGCAAGCCCUGAUGGCCACUGUCAGCAACGCCGAGCAGGAGAACAAACGAAAACCUCCCCGAGCCGGGUCUGUUCCCCCACGAGCUACAACGCCUGUUAAUCAUUCAUAUGCACCGGCGAAGAGUGGCGUUGUAACUCCAGCAGUGCGACCGGCAGGAACAAGCGCGCAAUGCGUGCCCAGUAAACGAAUAAAGCUCAGCGACUCCGAGUCGACGGGACCACAGCGAGCUCCCUUCGGCAUGUCUCGGGCAGGGAACGGUGUAGGAAGACCAGCGUCGCCCUCGAAGAUACCUGGAUCCAAAUAUCAGACGCCAACAUCACUACCUCGACCAAUAGCAAUGCCUGUACCGAAGCCUGGUACACAGCAUCAUGCCCUGGGGCAUGGUCGUGUCCCAAGUAGCGGAAUAUUGUAUGGUGGUGUUGGUGGAUAUGGACCUGCUGGCAUACGGAGUGCGAGUGUCGUGUCGUCAUAUAAUGUGACGAGACUCGUGAGCAGCGGGACUGCUGGGCUGGCGAAGAAGGCCUCGAGGGCCAAACGGGAAAGCUUCAAGCCGCGACCGAGUGUGGAUAUGACUGACGUUGGCCAUGGUCCAACGCGAUGGACCGGGCUUACAGCUAGUGUCAGGGAGGAAGAUGAGUAUUGA